AUGGCGGAGCCCAUCGUCGACGAUGGGCCAUUGGCUAGCUACUUAGCGGAUAUUGCCAAGAAAGGCAAGGAGCAUGACAACCCACUAGGCAAGGUACCUGCGGUCCCUGCUCCAAGUCGGCCACACUGGCGCAACGCGCUGCAGCACGGCCUGGCAUUGCUGCGAGUACAGCUUGUGCAAUCGAUGCCAGAGGCUGCACUGCUGGAUGCACAUGCACGAAAGUCUGCACACGAUCAUGCAUGGUGUGCUGACGACGGAGCAGCGCUGUUUGCAGAGCGACUCAAGUAUGCCGUGGCAACUUCGUUCCUGCUUACGUCGCAGCUCUCCAUUUCCAUGUACGGCCAAGACAAGGAGCAAAAGAAGCAGAAACACAUGCCCAGCCAUACAAUGACCAAGCAUACAGACGACCGAUACGCGGUGCAAGCGAGCAUUGCAGACCCUGUCCCGAUGCUGAUGCUCGGCGCCGCAGUUGCGGUGGUGCUUGGAUGCAUUGCGCUGCACAUCCCAUUUCCUGUGAUGCUCCUGUGCCUGGUUGCGCUGGAUGCGACUACGACAUUUUUUCCGCACGUCCCAUCGGCACUGCGCGGCCCGCGCACGAUGCGGUUCUCCCUCUCGCAGACACCGGACAGUGCGAGGCCGAGAUAUUUGGCCGCAGGCGAACCUACACCAUCGUGGGUCGUCGACGAGCGUUUGCGCCUGCAGGAGGAGACGCUACUAUGCACAGAGCGGCUAAUCGCGGCCGCUUAUGCGCUCGAUCGCACCAUGAAUGCGUGCAUUGCAGCAAUCCAGGAAGUGGAGCUGGUUUCGCGCGGGUACAGUUUGUCGAGUCCGCUGCCCCCCAUCUCGCGCUUGGAAUCGCUAUAUACCCUAUCUACAUCCACCUCAGAAAUGCUGUCGAGUGCGGAGCUGCAUGCGUCUCCCAGCCGCAUUCACAGCGCCGUGUAUCCCCAACGGCUUACUGUACUGCGCAAGACAUUGCUUGAUACACUGGAGACCAUCACAUACCAUUCGAUUGCAGCGCGCGAUAUCUUGGUCCCGCUAUGCUAUGCCGCAGAUACGGAGACGAUAGAAGAGCUCUCCGAGCUUCGGAAGAAGUCGCGCAUGGAACCAACGACUACAUGGACGUCGGUGCGCGCGCCAGGGAAUACUACGCCUCGCAUGCGUUCUCUCUUUGCGCAGGCCACGCCGCCGAAUCGGGGCGCCAAUACACGCCAGUGUAUACCGCUCGCGUCGCCCGUGACUCCUUCACGGAACAGUCCCGAUAUACACACGCACCGCGCAUCCAGCACCGAUACCCACGCACGCCAAAUGAUGCACGGUAGUGGCAGCGAUACGGAGGAGACGUGCGCAGUACACACACCCAGCAAACUGGCUGCGGAAAUGCGCCGCGAUCGCUUGUCGCUUGCGUGCCUGAAAGCAAAAUUCGAGCACAUGCAUCUCGUGCGCAGGUCCAUGCUUUACCACUUCCUCGCGCUCGACUUUACGAUGCAGUCUCCAGUCACUAUCUAUCGCGUAGAGGGGCAUCCUGAGCAGGUGUCCCUGACGGCGUAUUGGGACUCAACCGUGGUGCGCCGCGUUCUGCAGCCGCUCGCACAGGUUAUGGAGGAAAGUGCAACGCAUUUGCGCACGCUUCUCGAGCACAGCAUGGGCGAGACACUUGGGAUGGACGAUGCAGUGUUGCCCGAUACAAACGGCGCAGCGUUCCUUCAUCAGCAUCUUGGCCUCACCGACCGCAUGGCGGAAAUGGGACGCACACUGCGCACGGUCCAAUGCAAGCUGCGGGCGUGUGUUGAGGAUCUUGCAAUCCCACCGCCGCCCGCAUUGCACGGUGUUGGGCAUGAAAUGCGCUAUGUACAAAAGGGGAGCGACGUGCGCCAGACGCAGCGUACGUUUGACAGUAUCCGCAACGAUCUCUUGGCAAUGUCGUCCGAGUGGGAGGCCGCGCUCCGUAUCAUGGAGAUGGCCAACGCGCCGCCGCAGCCAAAGACGCCCAAGACGCCGCCGCAGCCAAAGACGCCAUGCCAAGAUUCGGGUCCCGACACGGACGACUGUACAGAUGCAGCCGUUUUCAAGACCGACAAAAAGUACUCGCUCGACAAUCUUUCACUCAUACAGCUUCUUGUCGACUCAACAAGCCCGGAUUCGUUGCCAAUGCCGGGAGAUGAAGAAGUGUUUGAAAGCACGACGCAGGCCAAACCAGCGAGAAGCGUGCUCCCACGCGCCGAAAGAAUACGAAUCAUGCAAGAACAGCGCACAAAUCAACUAUUUACACAAACUAAAGACCCUGCGGUGAUGGUGACAGAACUCAAAGACGUGCUUUCUUUGCGCCGCGUGCAUGCGACAGCGCGCGACGAUAGUCGGUAG